GCUGGAUCGUAUAAGCUUAGCAAGGCGUAAGUCCGUGUCUGCGUUGAGAACCAGCUUGGCAAGGCCACCCUCAGGUUAGACCUGGAAUACACACAUCCAACUCAUCGUAGUUUCCCUCCGUUCGUCAAAAGGGUAUGAGUGGGUUAAAACAGCAGUGGAAGGCCCGUUCCGCUGUGCAUUCGGUCAUUGUUAGAGCUGAACUGCCUCGCUAGACUAAAACUUCCUUUCCAGUAAGAGCAAUAGCCGAGCGAUCGCUUGAAACGCCUGAAACUGUCUCACUCGGAACGGAAUACCAAGCGUUCCUCACUGACAUAUCGCUCAUUAUAUACAAUCAUGCAAUCUAUCUUGCAUUCUCUUUCGAUCCGGUCACCCAACUCCAAGCGUUCAUUUGCUCUCCCUGGGGCUCGGCCAACAAUACCAAGUGAAUCAACAUGCUCAUCAGCAACGCUUCCAAGCUACCAGGCAGACAUUAGUAGUGACCAGAAGUGCGUCUUAGGUAGAGCAGGUAUGGUCUUGAUCACAAGAGAAUCAUAUAAAAAGGUGGGUGCUGGCUACGUUUGGAGUACCAAAACCUUCCGAGCAAUCACAUCAUCGUCUUCACUUCACGAUCACCAGACUUUCAAUAUCAAUAUGAAGUACCUCACUACCAUUUCGGCUGCUCUCAGUCUCAUCCUCUCCACUACUGCGGCGGCUACUCCCGGACCCCUGAUCAAUGCCGACCUCCUUCCUCGCGAUAUGUCUGCCAUGCCUCGUGGUAUAACAUCUCUCUUGACUAGAGACGCGAUGAUGGAUCGCCGUGCUCUCGAGAAGCGUGCUGGUUGCUUUCAGGCAUGUAAUUCAGGAUGUGGAGGCUGCACCAGUAUGGGCUGCCUUAGCGGUUGCCAGAUCAAUUGCUCAAUCUGCUGUGAAAUCCACAACGGCAAUUGCACCGACUGCGGUACUCAGUAUGAGUGUGAUCAGUAGUGAUCCAAAGACACAUUGGUCGAAAUGUGAACAAGGAGGCUUGCUAUUUUCUGGCGGCUUUGUCGUACGAUGAGAGAUAUGGGGUAGGACACAC